AUGGAAAGCCUUUGGAUGUUUUUAGAGUGCGCAUGUAGGAUUCUUGGAGUUUCUACAGCAACAGUUUUGUGUGGAGUGGGGAUUGAGACUAUACAACAAGGACAGUUCACCAGCCUUGGCAUCUACCUAAUAGUCUCAUCAGUUGGGAUCAUGUUGUUUGAGAUGGCCUUCUUCUUGGACACUCUUCUGGUCACAUGUCUGAUCUGCCCUCCAGACUGGCAGAUCUUUGUACUGUGGGGUAAAAUGGCUCGUGUUGGAGGGUUCCAUAAGUUCCUUUAUUACUCCAUAAUGUCUGUGGUCUGCUUCCUGCAUCCUGUAUUGGUCUGGCAUGCAACCAUACCAGGUACAAUGCUCCUGGUGACUGCCUUUUUCAACUUCAUAUUAAGUAAGAAACCUAAAGCCUCCAUAGAUCAACAGGAAAGCGACAGCAACCAAAACCUGACCACAGUGUGUAUCACAGAGCAAACUGACAAAUCCUUCUCAUUUCUUAAAUUGGUGUGGCGGGGCAGGAAGGAGGACGGACUGGCCCUGACGAAGAGUGAGGAGGAGGAGGAGGGGGAGGACCUUGUUUCAUGUGAGAGACGAGACAAUAUCCAGGCCAUGUUAGCGCCCAAACAUAAAGACAGAGGCAGGCAGAAGAGGAGAGACCGGGGACUUGUAUGUUUCUGGAGUAGUAAAGAGGAUCCUGUGGAGAGAGAGAUGGAGGAGAUGGACAAGUCAUGUGACACGACCUCAGACACAGCACCCAUGAUCUCAGACUGAUACUUCCUCUUUACAGAGAAAAUAAAAAUACUGUAACUCUGCUCAACAAAUGGUGCCACA